AUGCCUCAGUACGGAGAACCAGACUAUUGGGAUAAGAGAUAUUCCAAUCAGAAGGAAAAGACUUUCGAUUGGCUAGAGAAUUGGGCUUCUCUCAAACCUACUGUCGAAAAAUUGAUAGACAAAGAUGCUAGAAUUUUAAUGUUAGGGUGAGGAAAUGCUCUUAUUAGUCAAGAAAUGUAUGACGAUGGUUAUAAGAAUAUUGCAAACAUUGAUAUUUCCUCAGUAUGCAUUGAGAACAUGAAAGAAAGAAACUUUGAAAGAUCAGAAAUGACUUGGGAAGUGAUGGAUGUCACUGAUAUUAAAUAUGACGACCAAACAUUCGAUCUCGCCAUUGACAAAUCAACAAUUGACGCAUUGCUUUGUGGUGAUGAUUCUUUCCUUAAUGUAGCAAAGAUGACAAAAGAAGUACAAAGAGUCUUAAAAACAGGAGGAUACUAUUUUGUAAUCUCAUAUGGACAACCAGAUAAUAGGAAUCAUCAUUUCCUCCGUCCUCAUUUAGACUUCAAUUUAGAAUAUGGAACUGUUUACCCUGUUGACUGAAAGGAAGAAGAUAAGAUUAAUAAAGAGCAUUACAUCUAUACAUGCCAAAAAGGACCAAAAGCAGAUGAAAAUUGUGAAGCUCAUUGGGAAGAAGUAGAAACAGAGCUAAUUGAAGAAGCUGAGAAUAAAAUGCAAAUACGCGCUGCAGAAUUAGAUUAA